CCUAACCCUAACCCUAACCCUAACCCUUCCACGGUGCUGUACGAGCCUAUCUAUCACUCAGCAACGUGUUCCCUCAUACACACACGGAGACAGACAGAGAGAAGGGGACCAGGCGGACUAACCCUAACUUGUAGCCGGAAAGGUUGUGUCUUUCUCGGGGAUGAAGAUCCAGUUUGCUCCGCUGAACAUCCCGCUGCGGAGGAGACUCCAGACAGCCGCGGUGCUGCAGUGGGUUUUCUCUUUCCUGGCGCUAGCCCAGUGUUGUCUAGCAGGCUAUGUGUUGCUGUGCAUCUCUAAUUGGUGGGUUCUGGCUGCGCUGUAUGCUGGUUGGCUGUAUCUGGACAGGGACACACCCACCAGCGGAGGUCGGAGGUCAGAGUGGCUUCGGAACUGCAGCGUCUGGAAACACUUCAGAGACUACUUCCCUCUCAAUCUCAUAAAGACGGUGGAUCUGGACCCUGAUUCUAACUACAUCUUUGGGUUCCACCCCCAUGGUGUUCUGGUGGCGGGGGGCUUUGGGAACUUCUGUACGGAGGCAUCAGGGUUCUCCUCGCUGUUCCCUGGGCUGACCCCCUACCUCCUGAUGCUGCCCUUCUGGUUCAGAAUACCCUUCUUCAGGGACUACAUCAUGUGUGGAGGUCUGGUAUCCAGUGAGAAAGCCAGUCUGUCCUACCUGGUCUCAGCUCCUAGAGGAGGUAAUGUGGCGGUGGUGGCUGUAGGGGGCGCUCCAGAGUCUCUAGACGCCCGGCCAGGAGCUCUCACCCUUCAGGUUCUACACCGCAAGGGAUUCAUCAAACUGGCACUCAAACACGGGGCCCAGUUAGUCCCUGUGUUCUCCUUUGGGGAAAACGAGCUCUUCGACCAGAUGACCAACCCUGCCGGCUCGCCACUCCGCUGGCUACAGGACCACCUGCAAAGGCUCAUGGGAGUGGCACUGCCGCUGUUCACCGGGAGAGGAGUGUUCCAGUACAGCUUUGGUCUACUGCCCUACAGACAGCCCAUACACACUGUUGUGGGUAGGCCUAUUCCAGUGGUCCAGACCCCCUCUCCCACUAAGGAUGAUAUAGACUGUCUCCAUUCUCUAACCUUCUCCUCUCUCUCUCUCCAGUGGGUAGGCCUAUUCCAGUGGUCCAGACCCCCUCUCCCACUAAGGAUGAUAUAGACCGGCUCCAUUCUCUCUACCUGGAGGGACUCACUGCUGUGUUUGAAGACAACAAGGACAACUAUGGCGUUGCAACAGACAAACACCUCCACUUCAUCUAGACACACGUCUGUGUGAAGAGUUGUUCACACGCAUAAUCAGAAGAAAAAUAAGCUUUACAGAUGAACCCAAAGAUGCUGCAACACCUUCUAGAUCAGAGUUCUAGCUGGAGGUUAGGGUUAGGGUUAGGGUUAGGGUUAGGGUUAGGGUUAGGGUUAGGGUUAGGGUUAGGAGGUUAGGCUUCUGUAGAGGUUUGAAGGGUUGUUACCAAUAAAACGUCACAAUACGUUGCAGAGCGUUCUAUUUGCCUGCUGGGGGGCAGGAGACCUCCAGCUCUGCUGAAACCACUGACAACUGCGUGCCAUUUUCAAGGAAUUGUUAAAUACAUUUUGUAAUAUUACCUCUUGAACAGCAUAGUCAGAAUUACAAAUGUCUGAUUAUUCCAUUCAAAACAAUCAGGCACAUUUAUCUCCAUCAUCAGAGUUAUACAGCAAGUAACUGCAUGGUUUUCAUGAUCAGUAAACGUGAGGGUAGCUUCAUGAUAUCUCAAUAUUGUCCACCAUUUAUUGAUCACUGUAUAUAAAUGUUCUAUUGUGUUAUUGACUGUAUGUUUUGUUUACCCCAUAUGUAACUCUGUGUUGUUGUUGUUUUUAUCGCACU